AUGGCCCCCCUGCCUCAACGAAUGCACGCCACCGCCUCCCGACGUCCCCAGGCGGCUCCUCGUGGCCCCCUUGCUCUGAGUCGUCGGCCACCCCUACCGCCUGCCAUUAGUUCCCGUAGUCAGAGCUUAGAUGGUCUCUUGGAUAUGGCAGGAUGCGAUGAUGCUGGGAAUGGGCAAAAGACAAAUAGCGAGAGAGCUGCAUCGGAGGUAACUGAUUCCCCGCAACGAAGGCAACGUGGCGCCGAGACGGAUCGUGGAAAUCGGAUAUCCCGAAGUCUCGAGGAUUUGCUGGACGAGAAGCCGGAAGCUAAUAAGGGUGAGGAAGAAGAUGGGAACUGCAGUAGGAGCCUAGAGAGUUUACUGCAGGAUACCCCAGAGAGUCCAGCGAGUGAGCAAGCACAGCGAACUGCAUCACCAGGAGAGAAGUUUUGUGAAAGUGAAACAAUUGUGGUGGAUAAUGCACUAAGAAGCAACGAUGACACAGCUUACAAUUCAGAGGAGGAGAAAUCAUCCACAUCCAGUCGUCAGGGGUCCAUUUCUUCCGAUCAACAGGGCUCAAAGCGGACAUUCAUAAAUCGCCUUGGACGACGCAUGAAGAGUCUAAUUAAGAAGUAAAGCUCACGGAGGGACUUCGAGGAGUAUAGUUCUAUAUAUUCCAUCUCAAUGUCCACAGGACGCAAGGAUUUCCCGUGCACUUGGUGGUGCCACAGUAUUAGGAUAUUGCAUACAUACACAGAUAAAAUGAAAUGAUGGACCUCUUAGCCAUUCCCAGCAGACAAAAAUUUCACAAAAUUUAAAAGGGGCCUUUGAGGAUUUUUCGGGGACGGGGGGCUUAUGCCAGAAAGUCAAAGGAGAUGCAUGUGACGUACCUGUAAAUUGAUUUGUGAUUACUCGAUGUGAGCAGCUUAUAUAACAACGUUUGUUUUAGAAGAGAUUUCAUCCGAAUCCCUGGGCUAAAAGCAAAUUCUUUUCUUCACGAGCGCAUAAAUGACUCACAGCACAUUAUUACUUAAAAAAAAAGAAAAAAUUUCUCAGCCUAAGAAAACUUUUUAUAUAAAAAAGGAGCUCUUGUAUAAAUGUUUAGUAUCGAUACUUAUUUAACCAAUUUUAACACUGAUGCAGGAUGUUUAGCCAUAAGUGAUUUUAUUUCACAAAAAAUAAUAUUUUAUGAAUAUUUGUAUUUCCCAAUGACCUAUGCUAUAUAUUAUACAUAGUAUUACAGUGCAAUUAGGAACACUGGAAGAAAAAAUUGCAUAUUAUAAGAAUUUUUAUUGUUUAUCUUUGCAAAAUAGAGAAAGAUCAAUAAAGCGAUUUUGCAACAGGACAGCAAAAGGAA